AUUAAUUCAUUAGUAGAUUGAUAGGAAAUUAAUCAUCAUCUAUUGAAUGAUUUUAAUUAAUCGUGACAGUGAUUUUCAAUCAAAAAUUGAAUAAUUUGGUUCCUGCCUCUCCAAUUUUAAGAUGUUCCGCUUUUCUCUUUUAUUAUUGUAAAUUAAGUGGACUGUCGAUCAGACACAAGACAUUUGUAGAUGUCUCAUUGGCCUCUCAAAAACUGUGAUGGACAUUUAACACUUUUUACAAAAAUUUGAAAGACUAAACGAUUUAUUUAUCAGAGAAAAUAAUUGUCACAUUAAUCAGUAAUGGAAAAAAUAAUUAAUGGUAGCCUUUAUGCUCAAAUAUAAAUCAUUGGUACAUUUUCUGAGAUUCAAUUAAGUCCCACCAGUAUUCAGAUGCUCUUUAAAGACGAGGACUAGAUAUUUACGAAUUUCUUCUAUUUUGUUUUUUUAUUUCCACAGACUAUGAUUUAAGUUAUUUCUGCUGUAAAAACAACAACAUGUAAAUCUGUUUCUACCAUGGUUUCUUCACGCAGUGUAACGGAAUACAACAUCCGGGUCAUAGGUCGUCAUCUUGAUUGUUUUUUCAGGCUAUUUCCGCGUUGUACGCACAUUAGCAUUAAGCUACAUCCUUCUGGACUGUAACGUCAGUGGACUUCUGUCAUUUAUCCAAAUCCUGACCGUUGUAUCCAACUCGGAUGUUUCUUCGACAGAAGCUGGAACGUUUUCGAGGUUUUGGGGCAGAAAGAGGUGUCAGUGCUGGUCCCGGGUCGUUGAACGGUUAAUGCACAGAGUAAAGAGGCGGAAAACUGACGACAAAACAGAAGACGGCCAGGAAAGCAUCAGGCAGGCACUGGCAGGCAUGACUGGGGUGGACGAGCUCUCGGACAGCACAGAGGUGGUGGAGAUGGAGGAUGUGAAUCCCACACAGUUUCAGGUUGAGAAGCAUACUUGGGAUGGCCUGCGGAAGAUCAUCCACAACAGUCGCAAGAACACAGGCGUGGUUAUUAACAAGGCGCCACACGACUUCCAGUUCAUCCAGAAGGACGAGACCAGUCAGCACUCCCACCGCAUCUACUACCUUGGAAUGCCUUACGCCAGCAGGGACAAUGCUUUGCUCUACUCGGACAUUCCCAAGAAGAUUCGCAGAGAUGCUCUAAUGGUGUUGUCAUGGAAAAAGAUGCUGGAUCGCUUUCAGGCCAGCCCUCACCACGGGGGCUUCUCGCGGGAGGAGGAGCUGCUGCGGGAAAGGAAACGCUUGGGGGUGUCUGGUAUCACCUCCUAUGAUUACCACCGACCCAGCGGCCUCUUCCUGUUCCAGGCCAACAGCAGUCUGUACUAUUGCCGUGACGGUGGUAACAACAGCUUCACUACUUCUCCCAUGGACCCUGUUGAAAUUAAGAGCCGGAGUUCAGGCACACGCAUGGACCCCAAGAUCUGCCCUGGGGACCCCAACUUCAUUGGCUUCAUCAACAACAAUGACAUUUGGGUGACCAGCACUGAGACGGGGGAAGAGAGGAGGCUUACCUUCUGCCACAAAGGUAUUGAUAACCCAAAAGACGACCCCAAAUCUGCCGGUAUUGCCACUUUUGUCACGCAGGAAGAGUUUGACCGUUUCACUGGAUACUGGUGGUCACCAGCUGCUCGUGAAGAAUCAGAUGGUGGUAAGACUCUACAGAUUCUCUACGAGGAAGUGGAUGAGUCUGAAGUUGAAAUCAUUCAUGUUCCAUCUCCAGCUUUGGAAGAGCGCAAGACCGACGUCUACAGAUACCCACGCGCAGGCAGCAAGAAUCCGGAUAUUAAUCUCAAAAUAGCAGAAAUCAGGACAGACAAUCUUGGCAAAAUUGUCAGCACCCAGGAGAAGGAGUUGCCUGUUCCCUUCACCAGCCUGUUCCCUAGUGCUGAAUACAUCACCAGAGCCGGAUGGACAAAAGAUGGCAGAUAUGCAUGGGCGGUCAUGAUGGACCGACGGCAGCAGCGUCUCCAGUUGGUCCUGCUGCCUCCAGCGCUCUUCAUCCCUGCACAUCAGGACGGAGCCAACAGGCACGAGAGCCUCGAGGCGCUGGGAGACACUGUCCAUCCCUUCAUCAUCUACCAGGAGACCAGCGACAUUUGGAUCAAUGUGCACGACAUCUUCCACCCGUUCAUCCAAACCAGUGAUGAUGACAUCAGCUUCAUAGCAGUAAAUGAAUCAAAAACCGGUUUCUGUCACCUGUAUAAGAUCACAUCAGUGUUGCAGCAGGGCAGCUACAACUGGGCCAACGGCUACAUGCACUCUGAAGAUGAUUUCAAGUGUCCAGUCAAAGAGGAGGUCACCAUAACCAGUGGGGAGUGGGAGGUGCUGGCCAAUCACGGAGCAAAGCGUUCAUCAAGUCCUCAGAUUUGGGUGGACGAGUCAGCAAAGCUGGUUUACUUCCAGGGAACCAAAGACUCCCCUCUGGAGCACCACCUUUAUGUUGUGAGCUACGAAUCGCCAGCUGAAAUCGUCCGUCUCACGAAAUCAGGCUUCUCCCACAGCUGCUCAGUGAGCCAGACCUUCGACAUGUUUGUCAGCCACUACAGCAGCUUGACCACAGCUCCCUGCGUGCACAUCUACAAGCUGCAGGGCUCAGACGACCACCCGCUGCACAAAGAGCCUCAGUUUUGGGCGAGCAUGAUGGAGUCCUCUGGUUUCCCUUUCGACUCCACUCCUCCAGAGAUCUUUAGCUUCACAGGGAAGUCGGGCUUCGAGUUGUACGGCAUGUUGUACAAACCACACCACCUGGUCCCCGGCAGGAAGCAUCCAACUGUCGUCUUUGUUUACGGUGGCCCGCAGGUCCAGUUAGUGAAUAACUCUUAUAAAGGAGUGAAGUACCUGCGGCUGAGCACGCUGGCUUUUCUGGGCUACGCUGUGCUGGUCAUCGAUGGACGAGGCUCCUGUCAGCGGGGACUCAAGUUUGAAGGAGCUGUGAAGGACAAAAUGGGUCAAGUGGAGAUUGAAGACCAGGUGGAGGGUUUGAACUACGUAGCUGAAAAGUACAAGUUUGUGGACCUGAGUCGUGUUGCCAUCCAUGGCUGGUCAUACGGAGGCUUCCUCUCCCUUAUGGGCCUCAUCCACAGACCGGACAUCUUCAAGGUUGCCAUUGCAGGAGCUCCAGUGACGUUGUGGAUGGCCUACGACACCGGCUACACAGAGCGAUAUCUGGACACGCCUGACAAAAACAAGAAGGGAUACGAGGCUUGUUCUGUCGCUCUGCACGUCGACAAACUCCCCAAUGAGCCCAACCGAUUGCUGAUCCUACACGGGUUUCUAGAUGAGAAUGUGCACUUUUUUCACACUAACUUCUUGGUGUCUCAACUCAUCCGGGCAGGAAAGCCUUACAACCUGCAGAUUUAUCCCAACGAGCGACACAGCAUCCGAUGUCCAGAGUCUGGGGAACAUUACGAGAUUACGCUGCUGCACUUCCUCCAGCAGAACCUCUGAUAAGACUUGCGACACACUGACCUUCACUUCCUUGCUUAUUAACCUCCCCUCCUUGUCUCCUCUUUCCCUUUCCUCCAUUUAUUUAAACCUGCAUCAUCUUCUCCCUCCCCUGAUUUUAUGAUAUUACGAUUACUGCAAGCUAUGCCAUACCUCAUCACACCUCAAGAGUUGUUUCGUCAGUCUUCAAGGUGCUGAAGCAUUUUAGCAUCAAUAAAUUCAUUUCUGAUCUUAGAAUCAUCACCAUAAGUGAGACCAAUGCUGAGAGAAAGAAGUAUUGUAGUCAACGCUGUAUUUUACAGUGUAGGGAAAUCUGCUGGACUGCUUUCAGCCCCAAAACAAACAGAGAUCCCUGUUUGUCCUGAACAGACGGUGGAAUAAGUACAUACAAAAUUACAGUCACAUUGAUAUUUAGACAAAACUUUGACAGCAAUGCAACAAGUACAGAAGAGGACCAACAGCGCUGUCUUUUUUCUUGCAAUUCCUUAUUUUUAUUGAACUCUCACUUGUGUUUUUCUGACUGCUGCUGAUCGUUUUCCUGUCUGUGAAUAAACACUGGAGUAAUGUUUGCAAACGUAAAGCUCUAUAAGAGUAUACAAGCAAGCUCUUAACCCCUUGUCGUAUACUCUGUGCCCUCAUGUGCUAUCAUAGAUGACUUAUUAUGUGCUGUGCCACACUUUGGCAGAUCUACAAGAAAAAAAGUCACAUGCCACAUUUUCUUUGUUUACUGUUAAAAAUAUUUUUUAUGCAUUCAUAAAAGGUGGAACUAUGUAGCGACCUGUUGCUGUUUCACUCACUCACAUUUUGUGGGGAGCCUCUUUUUCUUCUGCUGCUGCUGAGGAAUUUUGCACAUAUUACAUAUAUUUGCCUUGGUGCCAACAAACUGACUUAUAAGAUGAUGUAUGACACAACAGUCCGAGGUGCCUUGCUCGUAUAGUAUUAAUAUCAGGGAAUCUGUCUGAGGACCUACCACAAUAAAAUGCCUUGUUACGCAUGUG